GGCCUGGGCAGUGGUGGUACAUGCUCUUAAUCACAGCUCUCCAGGGACAUAUGUGGGCCACCAAUUGGACAUGCAUGACACAGGUUUACCUGAAGUCCCUUUUGGGAGACAAUAGAAAAGCACUCUGAAGUCCUUUUGGGGUUCUCGAACUCACGAUCCUCCUGCCUCAGCUUCCCUAGUGAUGAGAUUACAUGUGUGCACUACACUGCUCACUCGGAGCCGUUAGUCAGAAGAUUAAGAUUGAAGACAAUAUCAUACUGGUUAUUUCCCCUCCAGCAGCAUUUUAACGAGUGAAAAAUAGGGGAAAAUUAUGAAAUUACUCGUAUGUGUUUGCAAUGAAAAGAGUGAAAAAGAAUUUGAACAACGCAGGACCCUCGGCCACAAAUUGCUGGAUCUCAAGAGCGGUGGUAGCCACCGUCACCGGAAGUGGACUCCGAAGUAGCGCUUCACCGCCCGCGCGGCCUGCUGGGAAUUGUAGUUCCAGUCCUCGAUGAUGCCCCGGAGUGCUGCGUUACCUGGUGCCGGUCUUACCUACAAAGAGGAAAGUCAAACACAAAUUUUGUGGGGAAUCUACAAGAGAAACGCCAUCAGGGAGCUGGAGAGAUGACUCAGAGACUAAGAAUACCUGUGGCUCUUACAAGUUCAGUUCCCAGCACCCACAUGGUGGCUCACAACCAUCCAUAACUCCAGUUCUAGGGAGAAAGAGAGGGGAAUUCAGAUUUACCAUAGUGGUUUUCCUAGUGGCUAAUUUUGGAAGAGAUGGCCAGUCAGUACUUGGAGUUGCAUUUAUAUUGUGAGUCUUCAAGAAGUACUCACAGAUGUUGAAAUAGAUUCCUGUCAGUGAUGUCACUAACACUGAAAGUGAAAAAAUAUUUAUCUUUGAAGUCCCAAACCAAAUGGUGGAACAGGAUUCUUCUGGGAAGGUGUGUAAGGAGCCUCAGAGGAAGAGUUCUGUUACUGAAGAAAGAAUUGAGAAAAGGAGUUAGGAAGAAUGUCAUCCCAUAGACCAUUGUUCAAAGAAUCUUCAGGUUAAACUCACACCUGAUGUAACAGAACCAACCGCUGUCUCCAUCAUUCCCCAGUGAGACAACUUGCCGAAAUGUCCAGUUCAAAGACUCUUUAGUUCCCUUUGACUGUGGCAGUAAAGACAUUUGUAGAUGGAAGUCACCAUUAGUCACCUGCAGGCUUCAGAGAAACCACACAGAGGAACCCUGUAACUGUAAUGACCGGGGAAGGCACUUAACACAACCCAGAUGGUCAUCUCUUCAAGAAAACGCCCGCUUCAGAAACUAUACAGAUGUGGUCAGUGUGGUGAGAGCUUCCCUCAGAACUCAGAACCAAUGCUUCAUCAGAGAGACCCCCGAAAGGACAAGCCUGCCAGUGUGAGCACUGGGACCAGUUCACCAGGAGCUCGUCUGCUGGUCCAUCAGGCAGUCCCCAUGGAUGAGAAACCUUACAAGUGUGACAAGUGUGGGAAGGGCUUCACCAGGAGCUCAAGUCUGCUCGUCCAUCAAGCAGUCCACACAGGGGAGAAACCUUACAAGUGCAGCAAGUGUGGGAAGGGCUUCAGCCAGAGCUCCAAGCUCCACAUCCACCAGCGAGUCCACACUGGAGAGAAGCCCUACGAGUGUGAGGAGUGUGGCAUGAGCUUCAGUCAGCGGUCAAACCUGCACAUCCACCAGCGUGUGCACACAGGAGAGAGGCCCUACAAGUGUGGGGAGUGUGGGAAGGGCUUCAGCCAGAGCUCGAACCUCCACAUCCACCACUGUAUCCACACCGGGGAGAAGCCCUACCAAUGCUAUGAGUGUGGGAAGGGCUUCAGCCAGAGCUCAGACCUGCGAAUCCACCUCAGGGUGCACACCGGGGAGAAGCCCUACCUCUGUGGCAAGUGUGGGAAGGGCUUCAGUCAGAGCUCCAAGCUCCUCAUUCAUCAGAGAGUGCACACUGGGGAGAGGCCCUACGAGUGCAGCAGGUGUGGGAAGGGCUUCAGCCAGAGCUCCAACCUCCACAUCCACCAGCGGGUUCACAGGAAGGACCCUCAUUAAGUAACACUGGCCGGCUCAGCAGUGAGAGUACUUUUAUUAUAAAGAUAAAUACUUUUCACGGCUGAGGGCACAGGUCAGUGUAGAGUGCCUGCCUAGCAUAUAUAAAGCCCUGGCUUUGCCUUCCAGCUUCAUACCUUGUACUUGAAAGACUGAGCGUGUGUUUAUGUGGAGAAUAGUAUACAUGCUGUGCAUAUGUGCAUGCAUGUGUGCACAUGUGUGUGCAGGUCAGAGGACAUCUCAGGUGCUCAGAUGCUCAUCACCUUUUUGUUUGAAACUGGGGACUGUCACCAAGUAAGCUAGGCACUGAGUUCCGUGGAUCUACCUGUCUCCACUUCUCAGCUCACCACGGCUAGGAUUACACCUGUGUGAUACCAUACCCAAUUCUUUAUGUGGAUUCUGUCUCAAGCUUGCAAGACAAGAGCUUUACUGACUGAGCCAUCUCCCCACUUCCCGGCUUAAUACUUUUGACUCUUACCUUUGUAUUCCUCAAAAGAAAGAGAUACAAAGGGUUAUUCAGAUGUAGUCCCUCACCAGGAAAAACAAAAUCAAUCCUUCCUUAGAAGUGUCUGAGUACUUAGCACAUUUCAUGUUCUACAAUGAAUGGGCGAUUCUGGUUUCUCAGAUGGGUAGAGUGUACUUUUCAGUUCUUCCAGUGUUAUUAUAAGUAUAUUCCACAAUUUUAACUGUAAGAACUUUGUAUUUUUCCAAGCACAGUAUGCUUCCUUUGUUCAUAUUCUCUAAGAAAUUGGAACUCAUGUUUCCUUUCAAAUUAUGUGCCUAGUUUUUCAUAUUCCUUUUAGGUCCUAAAUAUCCCUCUCUAAACUAUGAACAUACAGUGUGUCCAUUUGAGGGUGGGGUGGGAGCUGAAGGUAUAAAAGACAUGAAGAACUGUUAGGUUUAAUAAGAAAAUGUACAUCAGUUUAUGGUCACUGCAGGAAGUGCUUCUCCAUAUACUACUACAAGUCAGCAACUCUUCUCAGGCAGCUGCUAUUCAGGAAUGUAAAUAACUAGUUUUUACUAAGUGAAGUCAGUUUGGGUGGGAUAUUCCACAGUAAAAACAAGGGAGAAUUCCCUGAAGCAACAUACCCAAACUAGCAUUGUGUGCUUCUGAGACCAGGUGAUCAGCAGAAGUUCUGAGGCAGAACUGGAGAAAGCUGGUAUACGUGGGAUAUGUGGCAGCCAAUCAGCAGAGGCUGCAGAAACCAUCUUAAGACUCGCUAAAGCCGGGUGUUGGUGGCGCACGCCUUUAAUCCCAGCACUCGGGAGGCAGAGGCAGGUGGAUCUCUGUGAGUUCAAGGGCAGCCUGGUCUACAGAGCGAGUUCCAGGACAGCCUCCAAAACAAUACAGAGAAAUCCUGUCUGGAAAAACCAAAAAAAAAAAAAAAAAAAAAAAGACUGGCUAAAUUAAAAUUGGCUAAUGGACAGAAUACUAAAGAUGUGCCUUUGUUAAGCAGGUCUAACUUUCAGUGUUUAUUUAUAAGAAAUGUUUAUUUAUUAGACCACAGCAGUAAGGAGAACAAGGGGACAUCAGCAAAAACUUACAGGCUAGGAAGAUGGGUGGCUGGGCAUUGUGUCAGUACAGAAGCAGGCAUAGUUUAUGCCACUCACAUAAGGGGAUAAAGAAAAGAAAGAUCUAUUUUGGUUUCAGGCUAACAAAUGCUUAAUAAAAUGAAGGAUGGGAAUCAAUCAUGAUAUAAAAGCCAUGACACUAAUGACCAAUGGUAUGUAGAACAUUCUCUUCAUCCCAUGAAUAUAUGUUCUCUUCUGUAGCCAGAUUGUAGUUGUGUGUUCUCUGUUUAUCCACUUGCUAUUUCAUUAAUUAUAAGCUCCUACCUUU